GCAGCUGCUUAGAAAAAUACUUACAUAUAUGUAUAUUAUUCGUGAUUGUAUCUUCUAUAUACAUAUAUAACAACGUACACUGCUGGUCAAAGUAGCGAACAAUUUAUUUACAAGUGAUUAAAUAGCAAAGCUGCUAAAUUAUACACUCAUAUGCAUUUUAUAAAUUAUACACAUACAUACCUGAAAUAAGUGCAACUCACCCGAAGGCAAUCAAUCGAGAAUCGGACACUACUAUCUUACUAUCUACAAUAGAACUAAUUUCUACUGUUCUAACGAGUUGAAAUCCAUGACUACUAGCAUUUUUCCGACAAACAUUGUUCGCGAAACAUAGUACGGAGUUGUGAAAUUAACCUAGUAAAGGCAUAUAGAAGUUUCUUGAAAUUCAUAAGCCAACAUAUAUAUGUAAAUAGUUUGCUAAUCAAUCUAUAUUGUCAGUACAAACUAGUAUACCCAUAUUCAUUUAUAUUGUUAAGUUCGGAAUAGACGCCUAAAUUUUUAGUGGUUGGUAACAGAUGCAAGAAACUUUAUAAAUAGCAAAACGAUCUCUGCCUUUGGUAUUGCAUUAACUAAAACAAAAUAUAAUAUAAAAAACGGGAAAGCAAAUAAUUGAUGUCAACGUCAUUCUUGUGUAAAGAUUUGCUUAAAGGAGAUUAGAAAAAUGACCUUGGCUACGGCGAGUUUGGAACAGCCGCAGUCAAAUUGCGACGGCAAUUACAUAUUAGAUCAAAACACUAUGGACGUAGAGGAACGUAAAUCCUCGAACUUCUGGCUGUUUAGAGUAUUAUUUAAUUGGACUUCUAGUUCUUCCAUAAUGUUACGGGCUGUGGAAAAAAAGAUUUUAUCCUUUCUUAAAACGCCGUAUCGUGGUUUCUUCGUAGAUAUUGGACCCGCCAUAGGUGAAGCUGACAAAAUAUGGACAAUCAGCUUAAACACGGAAUCUAAAGAGGUACCUUUGGUUUUGCUACAUGGACUAGGUGCAGGUGUUGCUAUGUGGGUAAUGAAUUUAGAUUCCAUUGCCAAAGAUCGCCCUGUAUACGCUAUGGAUGUAUUGGGUUUUGGUCGCAGUUCACGACCCGGUUUUUCUAAUGAUGCACUUAUUUGUGAAAAACAGUUUGUCAAGUCAGUAGAAGAGUGGAGACGUGAAAUGAAUAUUAAUAGAAUGGUAUUAUUAGGCCAUUCAAUGGGAGGUUUCAUCGCUUCUAGUUAUGCAUUGUCAUAUCCCGAGAGAGUUCAUCAUCUUAUAUUAGCAGAUCCAUGGGGAUUUGCAGAAAAGCCUUCAGAUGUAAAUAACAACCGUCAAAUUCCGUUAUGGGUGCGUGCUAUAGCAUAUGCUCUAACACCUCUGAAUCCUCUAUGGGCGUUACGUGCUGCUGGACCCCUUGGCCAAUGGGUUGUGGAAAAAACUCGGCCAGAUAUUACGCGCAAGUUUGCAGCCGCAGUGGAAGAAGACAAUAACCUAUUACCACAAUAUAUUCACCAAUGUAACGCACAAACACCUUCAGGUGAAUCGGCUUUCCACAGUAUGAUGUCUUCGUUUGGAUGGGCGAAAUAUCCGAUGAUACAUAGAGUUAAAAAUGUCCGGGCGGACAUUCCUAUAACAUUUAUUUAUGGCUCGCGUUCAUGGAUUGAUUCGUCUUCAGGAGAAAAAAUAAAAGCGCAACGGGUCGAUUCAAAAGUGGAUAUUAAAAUUGUAACCGGUGCGGGACAUCACGUAUAUGCGGACAAACCGGAAGUUUUUAAUCGUUACGUUAAUGAAACCUGUGAACUAUAUAAAUCGUAUCAAAAUGGAGCGGCUAUACGGGACGGAACAGAAUCAGAUGAUGAACUGAGCAAUAAAGCAUUGCAAGCUGAAGCACAAAAAUUACAACAGUCCGAGCUGCAAAAAGAAGAAAAUAUAGAAACAAAUAAAAUCUUGUCUGAAGAUCCACAAACAGAUAACGUUGCCUCAAACCUUAAAGAACAAUAAGGUGUAUUGAUGGAGAAUUAUCACACACUUACUACCUGCAAUCAGUUUUAAUUUUUUAGUCGAUAUGUUUUAGUCAAUAUAUAACACAUAGUAUUAGCCAAAAUAUUGAAAUUAAAAUAUUAAAUGUGCUCAUCCCAAAACUGUUAAUUCAGUUCUACUUUUGAUUAAACUCACCAAUAAUAGUAAAAGUAUUGAAAUGUACAAGAAAAUAAUAUAAAACAAUGUGUUUUUUUUAAUACAUAUGUUUCUUUAAAAAUAUUGGAAAGAUUCUAGUAGAUAAAUGCAUUUCUGGACAUAUGAAUUUAACAUAGUGGGAUUGUAUGGUUAUUAUAAGUAAAAUUAUUUAUAAAACGAGAAAAAACGUUUACCUCGGUUACAUCGAAGCUUCACAAAUACAAAAGAUUCGUGGUAAACUUAAUAUAAAAGUUCUGGGAAAACAAAAGAAUUUUUUCACACAUUAACAUUUAGGAGUUGAGCAAAAAAUGUGAUUUGUGUAAGUUAUAGCCCGAUUAUUUUCUUAUCAAUGCAUUGACAAAUUAUAUGAACAUAGUGCAUACAUGUCAACAAGCGAUAAUACCAAAGACACGAGAGCGAUGUCAGAAAUUUGUUGAAACAAUGUAUGCAAUUUUAUUGAUCUCGGUGCGAUUCGUGGCUAAUAAUUGGCAAUUUAAGUCUACAAUAUAAUAAUAAUAAUGAAAAAAAAAAACAAAUAUAGUUGUGUCAAAUAUGCUAAAUCUUUUGUAUUCUUUUAUUUUGUAUCAAAUAUUUUUCAAACUAAUUCGAAUGCAUAAUGUGUCACCAGUGUUAAAUGUUAUCAGUAAAGCCCUUUGAAUUCGCUAAGAAGCCAUAUGAAUGCCUU